GAACAACCGCUAGUUGGCAAUUAUUCAGAAAUCCUCUCUGCACACUGAGAGCAACCGACAGCACCAGAGACAUGUAAACAAAAGGCGAAUUUCAUAGAUUUUGGCCUUUAGACUUAAGGCAAAAUCUGCAGAAAUGGGCAAGCGAGAUAACAGAGUGGCGUACUUGAAUCCAAUUGCUGCUGCCAGAGCCAGAGGACCUGCACCCAACACCGGAACCACCAUUCAGGAUUAUCUCAGCAGACCACGGCCAUCAUGGGAGGAGGUAAAAGAACAGCUGGAAAAGAAGAAGAAAGGCUCCAGAGCCCUGGCAGAUUUUGAGGACCGAAUGAACGAGCGAUGGAAGAAGGAACUGGAGAAAAACAGGGAGAAGGUACUUGGUGCAGGUGAAAAGAAAGAAAAGGAAAAGGAAAAGAAGGAGAAAAAGAAGAAGGAGAAGAAAAAGUCCAGUAGGCAUUCCUCAUCUUCCUCCUCCUCCUCAUCGAGUUCUGAUUCCUCCUCCAGUUCCCCCUCAGACUCUGAAGAUGAUGAUGAUAAGAAAAAUAUGAAAAAGAAGAAAAAGAGAAAAAGAUCCUGUGCCCGGAGAGCAUCUGAUGACUCUGACACGGAGUCCGAGACUGACAGCAGGGAGUCAUCCAAGAAAAAAAGGAAGAAAAUGGAUGGAGAGAAAGUCAAGGAUGAAAAGGAUGGUCGAAGGAAGAGGAAAGCUGAAAGGAGUCACUCUGAGUCUUCAGAUGAGUCCGAUGUAGACAGAGACGCUGAGCCCAAAAAAAAGAAACACAGUAGUGAAGAGAAGGAUAAAAUUACAGACAAGUCUAGGAAGAAAAAGAAAAAGAGGAAGCAUAAGAAACACAGCAGAAAGAAAAAGAGGAAGACUUCUGGCUCUGAGUUGGACUGAAGGGCUAGUGUGACGUCCUGCGUGACGGGCGGCUGGAAUUGAGUGGGAAUGGAGACGGAGCUCUUGCCAGACUGUGGGAGAAUAAACCCCAUUAGAUAUCUGUUCAAGUGACUCUUAAAUGCGGGUGCUGCUUGGCACCGGCCGGCUGUGUGGCCGACUUGGAUGAGAGGAUCAAGUGGUCGGGGACUUGAAAGGGGUUUGGGGUUCAUUAAGCUCGCUUUGUUUGUUUUUUAAAGCAGAUGAUUCUCAGUCCAAAUAAAAGUCAUUUACACCAA